UUCCAGCUACAAGGGCGAGAGGAGCCCGUUCGGAGUCCGGUUGUUUUCAAGCGCUCGGAGCGCGGAAUUGCUGUGAGACUGGCCCGCGCAGGAGGCGGAAAACUGAUCAGUAGUGGGGCGGGACGUUGCGCCCUGAGACGCUUACAGCAGGUAGAGCCCAGCGGAGGGAGCCCCGAGCGCGGGAAGGAGAGGGCACUCAAGCUAGAAGCCCGCACCAGGGAGGCGUUAAGGGAGCGCCUUGUCGGCUGACGCACUGUGGGGACACCAUGCAUUUCGCCGAAGGCUCCGACACGGAGCGCGCUGGCAACUCCAGCCCGUGGUGGCCUCUGGCCGCCAGCGGCGCCAAUGCGAGCCGGGAGGCCGAGGAGCUCGGGGAACCCAGCAGCCCCGAGCGAGACAUGCGGAACGAGGAGCUGGCCAAGGUGGAGAUAGCUCUCCUGGCCGUGACUUUCGUCGUGGCCGUGCUGGGCAAUAGCACCGUGCUGCUGGCGUUGCACCGCACGCCGCGCAAGACAUCCCGCAUGCACCUCUUCAUCCGCCACCUCAGCCUGGCCGACUUGGCCGUCGCCUUCUUCCAGGUGCUGCCUCAGCUGUGCUGGGACAUCACCUACCGUUUCCGCGGGCCUGACGGGCUGUGCCGCGUGGUGAAGCACCUGCAAGUGUUCGGCAUGUUCGCGUCGGCCUACAUGCUUGUGGUCAUGACGGCCGACCGCUAUAUCGCCGUGUGCCACCCGCUCAAGACGCUGCAGCAGCCGGCGCGCCGCUCCCGCCUCAUGAUAGCGGCCGCCUGGGCGCUGAGCUUCCUGCUGAGCACGCCGCAGUAUUUCAUUUUCUCCAUGAUCGAGGUGAACAAUGUCACCAAGACUUACGACUGCUGGGCCACCUUCAUCCAGCCCUGGGGGGUCCGCGCCUAUGUGACCUGGAUGACGGGUGGCAUCUUUGUAGCGCCAGUGGUCAUCCUGGGCACCUGCUACGGCUUCAUCUGCUAUCACAUCUGGCGCAACAUCCGCGGGAAGACAGCGUCGCACAAAGGCAACGGCACCGAGAGUGCGGGCGGCGCCUUCCACAAGGGGUUGCUGCUCACGCCUUGUGUCAGCAGCGUGAAGACCAUUUCUCGUGCGAAGAUCCGUACGGUGAAGAUGACUUUCGUAAUCGUGACAGCUUACAUCGUCUGCUGGGCGCCUUUUUUCGUUGUCCAAAUGUGGUCCGUCUGGGAUGACAAGUUCGUCUGGGUCGAUUCGGAAAACCCUGCCAUCACCAUCACUGCAUUGUUGGCUUCCUUGAAUAGUUGCUGCAAUCCCUGGAUAUACAUGUUUUUUAGUGGCCAUCUCCUGCAAGACUGUGUCCAAAGUUUUCCAUGCUGCCGAAACAUGAAGCAAAAUUUCAACAAAGAAGAUUCUGACAGCAUGAGCAGGAGACAGACUUCUUACACUAACAACCGCAGCCCGACAAACAGUUUGGGUACCUGGAAGGACUCUCCUAAAUCCUCCAAGUCCAUCAAAUUCAUUCCUGUUUCAACUUGAGCCCCACGUUCGUGCAGCCAGACUUCUGUAACUGACUUUUUGACCCAUUAGCUGAAUGCAGCUAGAAAUUAUGAGGAAAAAUGAACUUAUAUAAGCAUAAAUUAACCCACUGUGCACAAGACUUUCCAGAUGCAUUUACAUGUGGCUAUGAUCAAGAACUAUGAAUUAUUUUAUACAAAUUGUUCAUGAAAACACACUACAAUAAAAUU